AAUGGCGGUUUCUUCUCAACAAGUAGCAACCUUUGAGCAGGAACAAUGGCGAGACCUCAAAGGAAAGAUCGUGAUGGUUACCGGCGCAUCUUCUGGUCUUGGUUGGGAAUUCUGUAUAGACUUAGCCAAAUGCGGUUGCAGGAUCAUUGCCGCAGCCCGGCGUACUGACCGCCUCAAGGCUCUGUGCCAUGAAAUUAACAAUCAUGGACAAGUGAACGUAAGAGAAGCCGGGAACCACCAUGUAUUGGCGGUGCCGGUGGAGCUUGACGUUACUGCAGGUGGUCCGGCCAUUGAGGCAUCUGUGAAAAAGGCUUGGGAAGCUUUCGGCCGUAUCGAUGCUUUGAUCAACAAUGCUGGUAUUACAGGUGUGGCACAAAAUUCAUUGGAUUUGUCAGAAGAAGAUUGGGAUAAAACCUUUAGGACAAAUUUAAAAGGAGCAUGGUUGGUGUCAAAGUAUGUUGGCCUUCGAAUGCGUCCUUUAAAUCAAGCAGGAUCUAUAAUCAACAUCUCUUCAGUUACCGGUCAUCAACGUACAUAUAGUCCAGGAUCUCUUGCAUAUGCUUCUUCAAAAUCAGCCCUUAAUACUAUGACAAAAGUGAUGGCAAUGGAACUUGGAAAAAAUAAAAUAAGGGUGAAUUCCAUUUGUCCUGGACUUUACAAAUCUGAGAUUACGGAGGAGCUCAUGCGAAAGAAAGGGUUGAAAGAAUUGAUUUCAAAAUUAGUGCCACUAGGAGACUUUGGCACUAUUGAUCCAGCUUUGACGUCACUGGUUAGGUACUUAAUCUGCGACACAUCUGAUUAUGUGACAGGUAAUAUUUUCAUUGUAGAUGCAGGGCAUACCUUAACAGGUGUACCGAUAUAUUCGUCACUGUAAAGCUACCUUGUUAUAUGUGUGUUAUGCGACGCGCCUGUAUCAAUAUAUUUAUUGAACAAGAUCUUUUACAAACAUAUUUGUCAAAUUACAAUAAAUAUGACAAGAUCUUUUACAUUUAUUGAACAAGAUCUUUUACAAACUUAUUUGUCAAUAUAUGUAAAUUGUUAUAUGGAAUCAUGAUGGAAUCACGAUGGAA